GUGAGUUGUGUGGAGUGAUCGUUAGAGUAGACUAUAAUAUAGUGUAAUAAUAGUACUGAUAGUUUGAGACUUAGAGUUAGACUAUAGUUAGAAAUAUCUGUCAAAAUGUUGAUGACGUUAUCUCGAGCUUGUGUUACACCAAAUGGUAAGCCGGGACACAAAAUGCCGAAUAAACAAAAGGUUAUCACAGAUAAUGACACCGAAGCAGAUCUGUCCGACAAAGGUAUCAACGCUUUGGAGGAAAUUCCAAAUAUUAUGUAUUCACAUAAUAUAACUCGUCUCACACUAAGCCAUAAUAAAAUCAAAAGUCUUCCGCCAUCGAUGGCAAACCUCUCGAAUUUAGAACAAUUGAAUUUAUGUAAUAAUCAGAUCGAGGAACUGCCUACUUCACUAUCAUCCAUGACCAGACUCAAAGUGCUGAAUCUCGGAAUGAAUCGACUCAAUUCACUUCCCCGAGGAUUUGGAGCCUUUCCCGCACUCGAGGUCUUAGAUAUAACAUACAAUUUCCUGUCUGAGAAAUCACUGCCGGCUAACUUUUUCAUGAUAGAGACUUUGAGAGCACUUUAUAUGGCGGACAAUGAAUUUGAGUAUUUAUCGCCAGACAUCGGUAACCUUAAGAAUUUACAAAUUUUAGUAUUGCGAGACAACGAUCUCAUACUCCUUCCCAAUGAAAUCGGACUCUUGAGUCGUUUGAGAGAACUUCACAUUCAGAACAACCGAUUAACGGUUCUUCCUCCAGAAGUGGGUCAGUUAGACCUGUGUUCACAUCGAAGUGUAGUUCGUAUGGACGGUAACCCAUGGGUGCCACCGAUUGCCGAUCAGUUGCAGAUUGGAGUCACUCAUGUCAUUGAAUACAUCCGCACCGACACCUAUAAAUUUCUGUACGGCCGUCACUCGCAAACAAUGACCCCAUCGGCGAUCCCUCCGCGCAAUGACGAGCGAAGAGCGCGAAAGUUGGCCCGAAAUAAGCAAAACCCGUAUAAAUGUAAUUAAUUGAGCGUUAAUUGAAUGGAAACUUCGAUGCAUUUGACACUGUAUUUGACAACUGGUCUCAAGAACCAUAUUAACAAAAAGACUAAACCCAGAGAUUACUCAUUUAUAGUCACGAUUGCCUUCAAAUGUUCAUAACUUUUGUCUUUUUGGCAAUUUUUGUCUUUUCAAACAAAUUGUUUUGUACUUUCAAACUGUUAAACAAGUAAUCAAAGUAAUAGUCCAUUAAUUGCCGCAAUAUUCAACUGCUGUUAGCCAU